AUGAAACGGCUAUUCAGAAUAACAAACCAAAAUAGAUAUGUCUCCACCAGUAGAAGCAGUAAAGGAGCGUGUUGGCCUAGACCAGACUACGGUCCUAUGGAGGUCCAAAGGUCGGUCAUGAUGAAUGGCAUAAAGGUGGCAGCCGCAAAACCGUUGGGCUCUCAAAUUGCUGCUUGCACAAUUAUGUAUCAGGCCGGUUCCCGUUACGAAAUCGAUGAUCAGCUGGGCGCUUCGCACUUUAUUCGAGCUGCCUCCUCGGCUACUGGCUGUGGGUACACAUUCUUUGCGAAAAUGCGUUAUCUACAACAAAACGGAGGGAGCAUCACUUGCUCGAGCGACAGGCAGAAUAUAUCUUUUACGUUGCGAUGUCCCCCCACUGUCUUCAGCGAGCUCAAGAAUUAUCUACUGGACGUUGCUUCCAGAUGCUGCUACCAUCCGUGGGAAAUAAAAGAUCGGAAAACUCUUAUUCGUGAAGACUUAGUUCGAAUUCAUCCUGAACAGAGAGUGAUUGAUCUAGUCCAAAAGGCUUGCUGGACUGGUCAACUGUCUAACUCUGUGUUCUGCGAAGAAGGCCGGAUCGACGAAAUGACUGAUAACUCACUCAACUGCUUCGCUAGGACUCAUUUCAAGAGUAGUCAUUGUACAGUCGGAAGCGUUGGCGUACCAUUUGAAGAGACAUUGAAGUUGGCAGAGAAAAUUGAAUACAAAAGGGAGAUGCCAGAGCAAAGGCAAGAGAAGCAGUCCUGUCCCCGUGGUGGCUUUGAACUCUUCGAUCUUGGACGCGACAGCGACACGUGGAUUGCCCUGGCAGUUCCUGGAUGUGGCACUUGCGACGUUCCGUGUUUGUUCAAGCACGCGAUAAUAGCGGCGGCUUGCGGCACGGGGAACAUGCAGGCCGGCCAGCACGGGACUGACAGGACGCCUCAGCCGCCGCUCGGGCUAAUGGCGGGAGACGAUAUCUUUACCGAAUACAAGACGUUUAACUUGUCUUAUUGUGAAACAGGAAUUUUUGGUAUCGUGGCGAAAACUCGCGCGGCCACUGCUCGGAAGGCGGCCGUGUCGGCUGCAGAGUUCCUCGCUCAUGUCGGAGAUCUGAACUUCAAGCAAAUCGAUGUGGGAAAACAAAGACUAAAGGUGAGUUUAGCUCUACAUGACGAAGAUUGUGUGAAAGUAUCAGAAGGCCUCGCUCUUCAGCUUGCCAAUAAUGUUCAGAUCGACAGCGCGAAGAACUCUAUGUCAGUGAUAGAUAUGCUGUGUCCUGAUGAAAUCUCUUGUACUGCGAAAAUGAUAUCUAGUAAAUGUUCGCAAAUGGCAAUGGCGGUUGUAGGUGAUGUCGACGCGGUGCCACACGAUGCAGAAUUAGGAGUCAAAUGA